AUGGGGUGAAAGGGAGGCAUCCAUAUGGCGCCCACUUUCUUGUGUGGGUUUAGUUCACCCGUGGCUGUCCUGCCAGUCCUGCCCUUCUUUUGUCCCCGAGUAGGGACAGAGGAGUCCUUUCCUGGCAGUGCCUUUGCAGUCUGCGGAGAGGGAGACCCUGGGGGAGGCCUUGGCAGGGGCGGGGAGGGCGCUUCUUGGCCCUAAGAACUGGUGUCGGGAGUGCUUACACCAGGCGCAUUGUGAUUCCCUUAACCAGUGCCUUUUCCGGGUGUCUGGGUGGCCCCUUAGAGUGUCUGGAAAUAGGAUUCGUGGGUCACACAGACAACACAAGCAUUGAAAAAACAGGAACCGUUAAAUUUUUACUCGUCCUGGAGACAAGGUCAGUUCUUUAAAUUAUUAUGUCACCGAAGGAGAGUCAGGACUUUGGAGUUGUAUUGCCUGGUUGGAUCCCACCCCUACCACUUAUUAGCUGUGUGAUUUGGGACCAGUCCCUUAACCUCUCUGUACCUUAUUUUACUGCUUCGUAAAAUGGGGAUUGAUAUCACCUAACUCACUGGGUCAAUGUGAAGAUUAAGUGAUCUAAUAUGGGUAGGAUGCUUUUUAAAGUACCAGGUACAGAGUAACCACAAUGUAAAGAUUGGCUGCUGUUAUUUGUUAUUUCUAAUGACAGCAGCACAUUGUCUUCAGUGAGUAGUGUUAAUGACUGGCUUUUGUUACUGUUUUUUCUUUCUUUUUUGAAUUUUGGUGUCAUUUACCAGUUCUGUUUGUAAUGGAUGAUUUCUGUAUUUUAGGAAGGAAAAAAUAAGAUACUCUGAAUAUUCUAUCCCAAAGCGAAAACUCAAAGUGGUUUGGUUUGUGUGUUGUGAUGUCCCAGGGACAAGCUCUCUUAUUUAUUUUGCAAAGGAGAAAGGAAGUGUUGUGGAAGAAGGCAGUUUAUUUUACUUAAGGGGAUUGAAAAAGAGUCCAGAAAGGAGAGGACAUGUAAGUUGGGCUUCUGGGCUUGAGUGCUGUUUACUCUGAAGAUACAUGGCAGCAUGUAGGAAAUACUUAUUAAGAGCAUAGUUAAGUUUGGUAGGGUAGCUGUUGAGCUCUUGCAAAUUCAGGGUAUCUUUAUGCCUUUUUAAAAAAUAGAUUCCUCUGUUGAAUGUACAUAGUCUGGAAGACACAAGUAUCUGAGCCCUAUCGGAGCUCCCACUGGCCCCUUUGGCUGAGUGGUCUGAACAAUGACACCUACAUGACCAUUCAAUAUAGUCCCUUAGUUCAUUUGUGGAGAGAGGGUCACCAGUUGGUUGUGAUCAGAAAUAGGUGCUUAUCUGGAAUUAAAGCAUUAGUGAUUUUAGGCAGGAGAAGGCCUUGGUUAGGUAUUUUAGAGCACACUCUCUGGUGGCAGCCUGAAAGAUGUAGGAAGCUGGGUGGGUUAAAAGUACUUAAUUAGGCUAGAGACAAAAAUGAGGACCUGAGCCAUGCUGAUAGCAGGGAGAAUAGAUUGAGAGACAUUCUAGGGGUAGAAUAGAUUGGAACAAGUGAUCCUUGUAGCAACUAGAGGUAAUCAAAUGAUUCUAAAGAAGCCUAGUGACUAGUUGCUGCUGUACUAGGGAAUAUUUUACUGGAGAAAGAAUAGAUGAGGCAGCAAGAAAAUCAGCCUGGGUCAGGGCAUACUGAGUUGUGUUUGUUUGCAAAAUUUCCAGGUAGAAGUGUCUGGGAGGCAGCUCAAGAUAGAAAUCAAGAUUUGUAGAGGAAGGGGGGUAACUAGGUGACUGAACCUAGGUUAUAUUCUCAGAGCUCUACCACUGAGCUAUACCUUCAGUUCCUUUUUAAAAAUGUGUAGUUUACUAAGAUCACCUACACACACAGAAAUGUGUAGUUUACUAAGAUCACCUAACUAGUAGGCGGUCAAAUCGGUUUAUGAACUCAGGAAACGUAGCUUGAAAGUGUGCAUCUAACCAGACUGUAAUAGAACUCUGGGAAGAGACAGGAAGGAUGAAAGCAGGACAGAAUUCAGGUCCCUGAAUCCAGGGAAAGUGAGUUUCUGGAAGUAGAUACCAGCAUCAGCCUGGUUGAUUUAGAAAAAGCCAUGAAAAAUGGAAACAGAAGGAAGUAUCCCUGGUUACUUCUGCAGGAGAAAUUUUAAUGGCUUUCUUCCUGGUUUUCUGUGUACAGUGUGUUGAAGGCUAAGUGGGAGCUUAGGACCAGAGUCCAAGUCUGGAAGACUUUCUUUUAAGAAGUUUGGACUUGAAGGGGAGUAAAGAGUGGCAGAUUAAAGGAGUGGCAAGGAUCGGGGCAGCCACUGCUCUGUUCAGGGCAAAAGCUUGGUGAUAUUCUUUGAUAUUUCUUAGAGAAACAGAAGAUCCUCCAGUGCAAAGUUCAAAGAAGUCUGGGGGAAUUUUUUUUUUUUCACCAAGAUGAACCCAGGGGCACUUUACCACUGAACCACAUCCCCAGCCCUUUUUAUAUUAUAUUUAGAAACAGGGUUUCACUGAGUUUCUUAGGGCCUUGCUAAGUUGCUGAGGCUGGCUUUGAACUGGAGAUCCUCCUGCCUCAGCUUCCUGAGCCACUGAAAUUGUAGGUGUAUGCCACUGUGCCCAUGGUCUGGGGAAAUUCAACUUUCUCAUCUGAAUGAAUUUCCAAAAGUACAGCUUGCAACUACAGUGAGGCCCAUAUUGCCUUGGCUAAGAAUGGCUAGAGAGUCGAGGGAAAGCAUAGCCCUGGAUGACCACUCUGCAGACGACCAGAUGGGGCUUCUGGUCAUAAAGGUGGAGGAGGAAGAGGCUUCUGCCUUUGCAGAGGAAGCCAGUUUGCCCUGCAGCCCCCACCAGGGCAAGGAACACUGCCGCCAGCGCUUUCGUGCUUUCUGCUACCCAGAGACAGCAGGACCCAAAGAGGUGCUGAGCCAGCUCCGAGAGCUCUGCCGACAGUGGCUGAGGCCUGAGAUGCACAGCAAAGAGCAAAUCCUGGAGCUACUGGUGCUGGAGCAGUUCCUGACCAUCCUGCCCAGGGAACUGCAGAAUUGGGUCCCAGGUGGUGACCAGGGGCAAGAAUUGCUCUGUUGCAAGGUGGCACUGUGGACACCAACCCUAGAGUCACAAAAUAGCCAAUUUCCACCAGUGAAGACUCUGCUCAAAUGUGAAUCUUUGCAAUGCCAGCCCUUACAAGAUAGAGUUGCCCAGGGAGACAGCUGCAGAGAAGACACCAUGUUAGCUGCCAGGCUCACUCUAGAGUCCCGGGGGAUGCUGAAAACAGAAGAUGUAGACUUGACUCUGACCCCUGAGUGGACACAGGUGAAUUCAUCUCAGGUGAAUCUCUACAGACAUGAAAGGCAGGAAAACUGUGACAGCCUGAUCUCCCUGGCUGGUGAAAUGCAGACUAAGAUUGGGGAUUUGCCUCUAGCUGAGGAACAUCCAGAAGAAGAUCCUGGGAAGGUACCAUGCCACCAGGGUGAAGAUGUUGCCCAAAUGCCUACAUAUGCAGAAGCUAGUGAACAGGAGGCCAGAUUACACAGAAAGCAGAAAAAUGCCACAGGGAGUAGGCGACACGUUUGCCAUGAAUGUGGAAAAAGUUUUGCUCAAAGUUCAGGCCUGAGUAAGCACAGAAGAAUCCACACUGGAGAAAAGCCCUAUGAAUGUGAGGAGUGUGGCAAAGCCUUCGUUGGAAGCUCUGCCCUUGUCAUUCAUCAGAGAGUUCACACUGGUGAGAAGCCAUAUGAGUGUGAAAAAUGUGGCAAGGCCUUUAGUCACAGCUCAGACCUAAUCAAACACCAGAGAACUCACACUGGGGAGAAGCCCUAUGAGUGUGAUGACUGUGGAAAAACCUUCAGCCAGAGCUGCAGCCUCCUUGAACAUCACAGAAUUCAUACCGGGGAGAAGCCAUACCAGUGCAACAUGUGUGGCAAGGCCUUUAGGCGGAGUUCCCAUCUCCUGAGACAUCAGAGGAUCCACACUGGGGAAAGAAAUAUUCAGGAACCUGACUGGGAAGGUCAAGGCAGAAUGGAAAGCCAGUGGGAAAAUGUUGGAACUCCUGUGUCUUAUAAGUGUAAUGAAUGUGAAAGAAGUUUUACUCAGAAUACAGGCCUUAUUGAACAUCAAAAAAUUCAUACUGGGGAGAAACCCUAUCAGUGUGAUACAUGUGGAAAAGGCUUCACCCGAACUUCAUACCUUGUUCAACAUCAAAGAAGCCAUGUAGGGAAAAAAAUUCUGUCUUAGUGACCGGUGCUGUACAUACUAAAGUUGGAGUUCAUUUGUCAUUAAACUGAAGCCAGCCUGGAGCCCUUACUGGUUACAGAAGUUUGAGGCUGGGGUUUUAUUUACCAGUGCAUCAUCAAGUAUUAGAAAAUAUAAUCUGGCUGAGAUACAUUAUCUUCCACAUUCCACUUAGUUUUUUCUAACAAGGUUAUUGGAACGAAACUUAUUUAUAGGAAGCUAUGGGAGAGUUGUUUGGAAUUAAAUUGAUUUAUCCAUUGGAAUUAAAUUGAUUUCCAAACUGGUUAAUUGCUCUCAGCAAGCACUUUAUGAUGUCUAUUUUUUUUGGGGGGGGGGGUGCAUGAUUAUGAUCUGGGGGCUUGCUUCCCUGACCAAUUCUUUUUUACUAUAAUGAAUCUUUGAUGCUUGGUCAGAUUUGUGAGAUCUUACAUCCUUCUCUGUGCCUUCUACACAGGUGCUAAUAAACAUUCAUUAAAUGUACCAGUGAGAUUACCUACAUAGCUCUGAAAUCUGAUAUUGUCUAGAUUUCUAUGGAGCUUCACACUAAGGCCUUUUGUGAUUGUAUCUAAAGAAUUGAUUCUGAGUCAAUAUAGUACGUUUUCUGAAAAGUACAUAGAAUUGGCAGAGCAGGGAUAAAGAUGGGGUUACCAUGAUAGAAUUUACAUUUCUUUACAUUUUCUUUUUUUUUUUUAUUUAGGUAAGAAUGCCUUAAAUGGCUUAUUGUUGAAUCAUUGUGAAUAUUUGCCAUCUGUGAAAUUUUAUUAUUUUUCUCUGAUGUUAAUUUUGCUAACUCUUGAGGGAGAAAACUUUUCUGUUCAGGUAAUUUUUUUUCUUUUGGGUACUAGGAAUUGAACUCAGGUGCACUCCACCACUGAGCCACAUCCCCAGCCCUUUUUUUGUAUUUUAUUUAGAGACAGGGUCUCACUGAGUUACUUGGCACUUAACCUUUGCUGAGGCUGGCUUUGAACUUGUGAUCUCCCUGCCUUAGCCUCCUGAGAUGCUGGGAUUACAGGCAUGCACUACCACGUUUGGCUAAAAAUGAUAAAUUUUUUAAGGCUUAGCUUCUUAGAUUUUGUCAAUUGUUUAUCUUGGGCCUAAAUCAAGAUCCCCUCAAAGCUAUAGAUAGAUAUACUAUACUGCCUCCUCUCCCUUCCAACACAUACUGUACAAUAAAUUGCAGAAAACUUAUCCCUCCUGAGGCAUUUCCUCCAGGUCAGUGGAUUUGCACCAGAUAUUUAAAAUAUUCAUCACUUAUGGUUUCAGAACUCCAAUAUCAGUGUGCAACAGGCUUCGUCUUAUAUAUUUAUUCCCAACUGCAUAGUAACAGCUCCUUAAUUAUUUAUGAUUAGAACUUUAACCAUAAGUUAUCUACUUGAUCAGGUUAUCUGCUUUUUCCUUAAACACACCUCAUAGAACAUUCCUUUUUCUUCUCAUGAUGGUCAAGGUUUCAGUAUUGUGAAUUUAAAUGAGAAAACUUUUUUAGUCAGCAUUAUAGUGGUAUUUACCAGGUAUAUUUUAAAUGGAGUUGUUUCUACAAAAGUAUAUCCAGAUGACUGGAGUCUUGCAAGUAUUUUGCUAGUGCAUCAUUUAUUAUAGAAACAUGCAUUCAUUACUGCAUUUAUUUACAUUUCUCACUUGGAUUCUGGCACCAACAAUCUCUAUAUCAGUCUAAGAUUCUGGAAUUCUUCAGAUACUGCAAGGUUUUCUAAUCAUCUUUUGCAAUUAAGAUUUGGGCAUUGUGAUACAUUCUCUUCUGCUAAGUGCAUUUUGUUCAUUAGGAAUUGACUCAUUAUCCAAAAUCCUUUGCAGAUCAAUCCAGGUCUCUGUUUUUAUGUCAGUUUCUAAGACUUGGUACUUCAGGGUUUUCAGGGAUGUAACAGACACAAAUCUAAUAAAACCUAAUGUAAAUGAUUUGUAUUACGGAAAUAAACCGUAUUAACUUUGUUUGAUCUUUUUGGUUGGAGGGGAGUGUAGUACUGGAGAUUGAACCCAGUGUUUACUAGGCAUAUACUCUACCAGUAAGCUAUAUCCCCAGCCCAAUGAGUAACUUAUUAAAUCAGUAAAAAUGCAUUGUAUGAGAUGGAUGUGGUGUUGCAAGUGUGUAAUCCCAGUAGCUCAGGAGUCUGAGGCAGAAAGAUCAUAAGUUCAAGGCCAGCCUGGGCACUUUAGCAAGACCUGUCUCAAAAAAUGAAAGGGGUAGAGAUGUAGCUCGGUGAUAAAGUACCCUUGGUUCUGAUUGCCAGUAUCAGGGGGAAAAAUGCAUUGCAUGAUUUCCGGACUUCCUAGAUAUAUAUUAGGAUCUGCAGAGAAAUAGAAUACAUGUAUGUGUAUAUCUAAUUGUGUAUGUUUAUUGUAACAAAUUGGAGACCCAUGUGAAUAAGCCAGUGGUGUGAGUUCCAGUCUGAAAACUGUUUCAGUUUGAAUAUGAAGGCUGAAAAGGACCAAUGUCCCAGGAUAUAAUUCAGUAGUAAAGCUCUUUCCUAGCAUACAAAGCCCUGGUUUCAAUCCCCAGUGCCUCAGGAAAAGUAAGUAAAAACUAAGAUAACUUUUCAACAUGUUCCCCACUUUUGAUUUCUAGUUCUUUUCAUUUGGCAGUCCUGGGAAAGAUGUUUGACAGCCUCAGGAUAGAGAAGACUGGCAUGAAGCUGAGAGACAAAUGACUGACUCAUCAUUAUCCAUUAUCCAGGAUAUCCUCAGCAUCUAGCAGAAUCUUGUUGAAUGAAUGAUUCUAAAAAUUGGCUAAUUCUAUUUGUUCUUUUGUAUUAACAUAAAAUUGCCUGGCACUUACUGCUAAAGACCAAAGUGUUUACAUUCCUAUUUCCAGAAAUAAAAUUUUUCCAUAUUUCUAAGCAA